UACGUGCGCGUACGUCACUUGCGAGACCGACGCACCACAUAAAUCUCGCAGUGAUGGCUGCGCCGCCCGAUGCGGAGAGUUUGGAGUCUCGUAUCAACAAAGCCACAAACCCACUCAACAGAGACACAGACUGGAGCAGCAUCCAUGCCUUCUGUGACCAGCUCAACAAUGAUUUGGAGGGACCUCAGCUGGCCACCAGGCUCCUGGCCCACAAGAUCCAGUCUCCACAGGAGUGGGAGGCCAUGCAGGCCCUGCUGGUUCUGGAGACAUGUAUGAAAAACUGUGGGAAAAGGUUUCACAGUGAAGUUGGCAAGUUCCGUUUUCUUAAUGAACUCAUCAAAGUAGUUUCUCCAAAGUACCUGGGCUCACGGUCACCAGAGCCAGUAAAAAAGAAGGUUUUGGAGUUGAUCUAUAGCUGGACUUUGGGGUUACCUGAUGAGGCCAAGAUCUCAGAUGCCUAUCAGAUGCUGAAGAAACAAGGUAUUAUUAAACAAGACCCAGAGCUACCACCUGACAAACUACUGAACCUUCCUCCACCCAGACCCAAGAAUGCCAUUUUUGAGGAUGAGGAGAAGUCAAAAAUGCUGUCUCGCCUGUUGAAUAGCUCGCACCCUGAGGACUUGAAAGCUGCCAACAAACUCAUCAAGGAAAUGGUCCAAGAGGAUCAAAGGCGAGCGGAGAAGGUGUCAAAGCGGGUUAACGCCAUCCAGGAAGUGAAGGAGAGCGUCACUCUGCUGACUCAGCUUCUGCAGGACUAUGACAGCACAGCUAGCAACCAGAGCAAUGCUGAACUCAUACAGGACCUGUACCAGCGCUGCGAGAAAAUGAGACCUACACUGUUCAGACUGGCAAGUGAUACAGAGGACAACGACGAGGCUCUGGCGGAGAUCCUGCAGGCCAACGACAGCCUGACUCACGUCAUUAACCUAUACAAACAGCAAGUGAAGGGGGAGAUUGUAAACGGCAACAAUGCACUAAACUCACAGAAACAAACAGCAGGAGGGACAGCACUGCUAGAUCUGUCAGGAUUGGAUACGUCACCCCAGUCGCCUCCAUCCUUCCCAGAAUUUCCUACUCCAACAGACAGCCUCAACGCCCCCUCACAGGAGAUGGGGAUAAGUCUCCUUGACGACGAGCUCAUGUCACUCGGUUUAAGUGAAGGAACACACACCUCCAACCCUCACUCACAGCCUGAGGACUCCACAGCCUGGGACUCCUUCCAGUCCUCUGACAGCAUAGACGCAGACAUCCCCGCAGCACCCAGUCUCCUCCUGAGUCCAGACCCACCCUCCCACUCUCAGCCGCUCUCAGCGGGCUCCACCCCUGGAAACUCAGCCCUGGAUGAGCUGGACCUGCUGGGGAAGACACUGCUGCAGCAGUCCCUGCCUCCAGAGGGCCUGCAGGUCAAAUGGGACAAGCAACAGUCCAAACCAACUCUGAGAGAUCUCCAGAGCAAGUCUGGGACCAACAUUGCCCCAAACCCCAUCCUAGCCUUUGCCUCUGAUCAUCCUGCGCCUCUUGUCAACUCUCAGCCCGGCCUUGGAGCAACGUUGCUGGAUAUGUCCCCCACUCACACAGAGACUCCUUCUGCUGAAAUCGACCUGACUGAUGUUUUUGUACCAUUAGAAUCCAUUAAGCCCAGUAGUCUGUUACCUGUGACUGUGUUUGAUGGACACAGUCUGCGGGUUCUCUUUCAUUUUGCUCGCGACUCGCCUCCAUCUCGUCCCGACGUGCUGGUGGUGAUCAUCUCCAUGCUGUCCUCUGCCCCUGUCCCUGUCACCAACAUAAACUUUGAAACGACAGCUCCAAAGUGUAUGGCAGUGAAGCUGCAGCCCCCAUCAGGAACAGAACUCCCAGCUUUUAACCCCAUCCUCCCUCCUGCUGCUGUCACACAGAUCCUGCUGCUGGCAAACCCAAACAAGGAGAAAGUGCAGCUCCAGUACAGACUAACCUUCACCAUGGGAGAGCAGGAGCACAGUGAGAGAGGCAGUUUAGAACAGUUUCCUUCUCCGGAGACAUGGGGGAACCUAUAGCAUUUAAACACAACUACAACCAGACAGACUCUCUGCUUUCAGACUCAGCUUCCUUCUAAACAAACUCCCCAACUCAACACUCUGCAUAAGCCUGUUUUCCUUUGUAAUCACAUUGUACUUUGUUUGAUUGCUAUUGUUUGUUUUCCUUGGAUUACGCUCAUGCUCAGUCAGUGUAAUGUGUGUGUGCUUUUGCUCUAAAUGAGUCAUGUAUGUCUAGGUCUAGUCUGCUUUAUGUGGCUGCUUCAAAACAAACCUGCAACUGCUCCCCCAAAGUUGUUGCAGUCUUGUCAUCUUUUUUAACAAACAGUGCUUUGAAGAAAGAAACAAAUGUGUGGGUAUUUGCUUUGGUGUGCUUGAUUUUUUUCUUCUUCGUUUUUUUCCCCCUUCCCAGCUAAGGCACAAAGUCUAUUUAAAUCCAUUAUCAGUUGCGUUUACAGUCACCUCUGCAUGCUCUGCCAACAUGGGACACAGUUAUUGCAAAAUCCAGCACACUGGGGGGGGGGGGGGGCGUAAGCUUGACAUAGACACAGCUCAUCUUAGUUUGCAAAACAAAGCUAUAUGUAAUCAACUUUUUGUGGCAUCUGUUUUAUUUUGUGAUGAGUGUGAAUGAGAGUCCACUUUUUGAUUUGCACAGAGAAUGAUUUUUUUUUUAUUGUAGUUUCCCUGUCUUUUCCUCAUCUUCUGUAAAGAACAAAAAAUACUGUAACAUCAGAGUUGUGUAUUAUCUGCCAUAUGUGCCUAUUUUGCAGUUCUAACAUUUAUUUAAGUUGUAGUGCAUUUGGAUGGAUUUAUUUUUCUCAUCUGUUACAUGUCAGUCAUAUUAAGUCUGCAGUUUGAGAUACGCAUCAGCUACAUUAUAACCAUAAAUUCUUAAUAUAUUCAAAGCAUUUUGAGUAGGACAAAGGUUAAAUUUUGAUAAUUAUUUUCUUUAGCUUGUGAUUUAAAUUAAUAUUUUAGCAUUUAUUGGGUAAAACUAUCAAAAACUUGAGCAUAUGCAAACUGAGCUGCACACAGGUGCCCUUGAGCACAGUGUCUGUCUCAAACAUGUCCAACUUGUUUCUACAGUCUGCGAUGCAUGUCAGCCACGCUCAACACUUCCUCCUCCCCACAGGCUCUCAAUCACAUUCCACUGCACCAAUCUCCAAUACGACUGCUUUGUAAAUACCAAUGAUGGCAGUUCUGUUGUGUACAUUUGACUUGUGCAAUGUGCAAGAGCAUAACACUGGUAAAAUAUUACAAAUGGGUAAUAAAGUUUUUUCUUGGUGAUCUGAA